UGAAAUCAAAUGCUUGAAUAAAAAUGAAAAUUCCGUUUUGAAAUGAAUCUUGGAGACGAGAGGGAGUUUUGAAAUUGGAUGUACAUCACUGGCUCAGCUGUGUUUGAGUAGAGGUUGCCUGGCUACGAAUCUGAACAACAAACCGCGUGUUAGAAUGUACCGAAGAGCAGCGUGGCCGAGUACGAAACUGCGUAAAAAAAUACGGAGUAUUUGUCACAUUUUGUUGGAGUGUGAGCUUCCGUUUGUUUCGAAAUAAUUAAAAAACCUCGGGCCGUUUUGAUUUCGAUCGAGGAAAAAGGAUGCGGGAAGAACGAUGGGUGGACGGUGAAAAUAAAAAAGGCCUGAUAGAGAGAGAACGAAAAUAAAAAAGAGUCGGAAAUGACACUUCAGAACGGAGAUUCUCAGCGCAAGAGUUCCGUCUACAAUCAGACGGGACAAAAUUACUUCGAACAAUUGUCGUCGUACAAUCGCAUGAACUCUCACUUACGACGGAUUCUGAUGGCUCAGAGUGUCGUCGACGCAAGAAACCAAAAAUACAUCCGCGAGAAACGAUUGAACUCCAGGUCUUCCAGCUGCUCAAAGUCCCUCGACCAAAUUCUUUCACGCAGAGACUUCAUCGAUGGGGUUGCUUACGACACGGAGCAUCAUCCGAUUGACUUGUUGCGGAUGAGAUUGGGCUGUGAGCCGAGUUGCCUCCACAUGGCGAGAAAGCGGAGUUUCGAACAAAGUUACAGAAGUUGUAGCAACAUUCGAUGUCGGGGUGGAUCGCCAAGAACUUCUCGAAGACCGGAAAUUAACUCGGACGUUGUCCGCUGUUCGAGAACGAGCGCUUCCGGCUCGCCGACGAGAUAUCAAAGCUCUUACGGAGCUUCGAGAUCGUCUCUGUUGACCGGAAGAAGAGUCGAUCAACAACCGGAAGUGGAGAGCCGGAGACACAAAAUAAACGACGGGGGUCGAAACGGACAAAGUAAUAGACGCAGCAGAGCCUUCGAAGCCAUCAACGAGACGUACUCGUACGAUUCGAGCUUCGAAUCGUCCUCGGAUACUUCCGGCAUAGAUUCUCCGGUUGCCAAAAACUGCGAGUGCCCCUCGUCACGCCCCAAUUUUGAUAGCAGCCCCGAACGAACCGGAAACGAAGUUGAUCGGGGACUUAACAAAUUUUCUGACAACGCUGAACGCACCGAAGAAGCUAAAUAUGCCAAAUUCCUUUACAAUAUUACCCAGGAAAUUGUUCUCAAUGGCUUGUACACGGACCAGGAACUUCACGGGGUGUUCAAUAAGCAUGUGGAAAUGAAUUGCGGAUGCCUCGACAAGGAGAGGAUGCUGUCAGAAAUAAAUCAACUGAAAACGUCAUUGAACGUCAAAGAGUUCCUGGAGGAUGGUAAAUUUCCGGAGCAUACGAAAAACAACCAGAAAACAAAACGUCCCGAAGACAGCUCGCGCAGAUCGAACCCCUCUCAAGCUGCAAAAAAUGCGAUCUUGCUCGUCGAUACGAGUCCGGAGGUCUUGCUCACUGAACGCGAAGUUCUCGUUACCUUGAUGGAAAUGAAAUUAGACCCGCAACAGGUUCAAACGAUUUGCAGAAGUUUGAGAAACAAAAUCAAAGAAACGAAUGGCGUAGAUUUUCGUGAUGAUAAUACCCAAGUUUUGGAAGAAGAGAGCCCCAAAAUAAUAGAAAAUUGCAAGUGUCAGUGCAGAGGAGAAAACCAGAUUUCCAUUCCCUCUGCUGCCGAAACACGAGGAUCAAAUUUACCAAUAAAGACUGAAGAAUCUCAAACGGAAGCAAAGACAGCGGAAGUCGUGAGUCAAGCUUCGCAGGUCAAAGAGCAAACUAUGGAAAUAACGACAUCGACUUCUGUGGGGGAAUUGCGCAAAGAGACACGGGAUAUAUCAUUGAGUAAUUCAGAAUUGCAAAAACUGGCGGAAGUCUCACAGCAAACGGUGAUAAAAAGCGACGGGACAAGCGCGAAGAGUAAAACGAGCGAUUCUCUGAAACCCGAAGAACCAAAAUCGCGAAAAUCAUCGUUGACCAGCGACGAGGACGAAAAAAUCCAAAACGUCACAAAGACACGAUCGAGAUUGGAGAAAACUUUUUCCGCUGCGAAAAAAUCGGCUGAAUUCGACGGUCAAGUCGAUCAAAAAGAAUCUCAACGCGUUUUCAAAUCGAGUGAAGAUGUUGACAACAAAAUUGGCCAAGUUCGGAAAUCCAGUGAGAGGAAAAGCACGAAUUCGAAAAAAUCUCCGAGCCCUUCCCGAGCCAGAAAAUCGACGAGAGACGAUCGGAAAACGUCCGAUUCAGUAACGAGCAAAAAAAGCGUGGAUUUGGAUAAAUCACGAGGGAAAAUAGAGUCGACUAAAAUUGAAGCUUCCAUUACUGACGAGGAAGCAACGACGACGGAGAUAGCUACAGAAAAAGCGUCACUCGAGCUAAAACACGAAAAAAUCGAGGAAAUAACGGACGACGAAUUAGCAAGUUUGCCCGAAGAUAUUUCCCAGGAAAUGGAUGAAUCGUUGUCGACGAUAGACUCGGAAAAGGCGGAAGUGUCUCGAGCCUCGAAGGCAAAAUCCACCACUGAAAAACCCCGUAUCACGAGGCAUGAAAGUUCCGAGGAAAAAAAAGUGUUGCACGGAAUCGAAGAAUCCGAGGAAGAACCAUCCACGAGCCCCAAACCCGAUCAAAAGGUUCGUGAAAGCUCAAAAAGUGCUAACGACUCGGAAGAUCCCGAAGAUGACGUAAUCGUUGGAAAGGCGAAAAAAAAAUCAAGACAUGACGAGGUCAAGAACGAUAAGAACGAAAAAUUCUCAGCCCCAUCGAGCCCCAAUAAUCGACGGAGCAAAAUAUCGAACGGCAAGGAAACUUCGGCUCCGCAAAAAAUGCUUCGGAAAAGUAACGAUUCUGGGGAUAAAAAAACCGGUACCUAAUUCAAUGAUAUUAAUAAAAUGAAAAUGCAAACUUAACAAUGAGAAAAAGAGUAUGAAGAGUUACUGAAAGCCGUUACGUGCCAUAUUGUGGCUAGAAUAUUAACGAUGAAAAUCGAUUUAGUUUCAUACCACAACAACGAAUGUACAAAGUGUAAAAAAAUUAAAUUCUGUCACAUUUAUUUGUCGAAAUCCAUCAUCUAGUCUGAAAAACUAGAUUGAAAAAAGAAUUUAGUUCGUGCUACCGAUUGUUUUCAAAUUCCUAUUUGAAACAUUUAAACUGGACAAAAAAUUUCACGUUCAAUCUAACAAUGUUCCUUGGGAACAAUCAAUUUUUUUUAUGCCUUUCAAUGAGAAUUCAGUUGCGUUAUGAGGAAAAUUUUUUAUUUUCCUUCCAUUUCGAUGGAGUUUGAAUUAAUUUUUCCCGUGCGACAACUUGAUAAUUGUUGUCAAUUUUUUUAAAUGAGUAAAAUUCAGUGAAUCGAUUAGAAUUUCGAAUGUCAAUUGAGAGAGCUGAAUAUUUGCUCGUUCUAAUCAGUAUUCGUCAGUCGUCUCGAGAAAUUGUGAAAAAAAUUAUUUCCUUUAAAAAUUGCUUUAGGUAUCUCUUGAAAUAUAUUUGUAACGAGUUGAAUUGUGUCCUCGAUGAAAAUUAGAUGUAAGAGCCCGAGACCCUCGAUUGUCGAUAGAAUUUCGAAGCAGAAGAUCAACGAAAAACGAAAGUCCCGAACGAAACGCAUCGCCCGAACGUCAUAGAGCGGUGACCCACAAUUCCAUUUGGCAAAGGAUAGAGCCAGCCUGUAAUCAAGAAGGAUCCUCAUGUAAAAGAAGAAAGAGAGACGAGUCGGUUCGUGGGCAAAGUCAGCGAUGCCGAAAAAUAAAAAAAAUUGAAAGACGACUGAUCCAAAAAUUUCAACAGAUUUCCUGUCGUUGUUUCGCCAAGCAGACCAGAAGGUGCGAUUUUCAAAGGGGCAGUGCUACGAGCCUGGCAAAUGUGAGGGGGUGUGUGCGGGAGCCGAUCGGGUCAAUAUUUUGUGGAUCUUCACUAACGACAGAGUCAGAGAUGUCGAUACAAUAUGACGAGCAGGAAGACUCAGCGACUCAAAAUUUGGAGAAUUUUUUGGCCAGAGACGAGGACGACUCGAAAUUCGAGGCUGUAAGAGAGAGGACUUCAUCGUUUCCAUGGCUGGGGGUGGAGAAAGAAAUGGGAUUGAAGGGACCGGAGGAGAAGCUCGAGGUAAGCGGACCGCGUCGCAACACGAUACAUCGAAGAACGUCGUUGAUUCGAAGCGUUAGAAUCGCGAUGGAGAGUUUGAAAAUCCGUAGAAAAUCGAGCGACGCUUCAUCCCCAGGUUUUCAGGAAAAUCCAGCCGAUGCCGAGGGCACCCCAAACACGACGUUGCUGCUGCCACGAUCUUUCGAAAAUUAUGAACAUCCUGACGAGGAAAAAUUGAAGUUGAAAGAUUCGUCGAAUACCUCGUACACGAGCGUUUCCCCAGUCCGAUUGCAAAGUCCUGGUGAACCAAAGGAUGGAGAGAAAUCAUCGAGGGCUCCAUCGGAUAUGCCUUCGCUGAUGUUGAGAAGCUCACGGAUGUCGAAAAUUCGAGAGCAAUUUUCUAGAACCCCAUCGAUCGGCCCUUCGACAACAGAAAGGAGCCCACGAGGAUCGAGGAAUCGAGAAAAAUCAUCUAAAACUCCAUCGAUCGGUCCUUCGCCAACAGCGCUGAGAGGCCCGCGAGAGUCAAGGAAUCACGAAAAAUUAUCUAGCCUUCCGUCAGUCGAUGCUUCGCCAAUAACGUCGCGAAAUCCGCGAGAGUCGAGAGGUCGUACGAAUUCAUUUAGAACUCCAUCGACCAGUGUUCCUCGAACAACGUCAAAAAGUCCUCGAGAGCCGAAGGACGGAAAGAAGUUAUCUAAAACCCCUUCGUCGGAUGUUCCGAAGACUGCACCUCAAGUGUAUCGUAUUUCCAAUCAAAUGAUUUCCCUGGUUCCACCGGCGAAGAACAGAUGCAGGCCGGACUGUCGCGGACCCUGGUCGAACUGGAAUCACUCGCGGCAAAAUUCUCAAUCGCCGAACCGUCGGGAAGGCCACGCUUCUCGCAGCUCGCAAAGUUUCGAUUCUACGGAAGACAAUCGGAAAAACAUUGAUUAAAUAUAAUGAUGAAUUUUCAACUUGUUCUUUAUUCGCGCAAUUUAAUCCCAAGUUACAUGUAGAACAUAGGACAUUUCAUCAAUUUUUAAUUGUUUUAAACUCCCCCCUCUCCUUCGUUUCUUCUCGAGUACAUUUAUAGGGAAAUUAGCGCGAGUUUUGUGCGUUUCAUCAUCCAACAACGAUAAAAUAUAUCUAGUAUUGUGAAAAAAUAUAAUGCGUCAAUGCACGUCAACAUGUAUAGCCCAUCUUGCAACUGUACAUAAACCAAAUGUACAUGCCAUAUAUAUAUUUACAUAUACACAUACACUUUUGAUACACGAAAUAAAACUCGUGUGUGAGAGCAUGUCAAGCUCUCUUCGUACGUACAGAGAGUCUUUCUACUCUCGUACACGCAUUCCCUUACGCACAUACGUACUCUUGAGUGAGUAAAAAAAAACUUAGAAAUUGCAAAAAAUCAUUUCUACCGCUUCAAAUAAACAAAAAUAUACUGUUUACCGUCUCUGGUUUCCUACGUCAUUUUUAUCAACUAAUUUUAUCUUCAGGAUCAUCGUUCGAGGGCGUAUGUCCUGCUUAGUUUUUUGUUUUCUUGAUUAUACUCGGGAUAUCGAGUCCCUUCCAUCUCGUCGAGUUUUUGCAACACAUUAUGUGUCUCAGACUCGAUUAAAAUCUGAGUUGAAAAGGAGUAAGUAACAAUAUUCCGUUAUCGAGCUAAAAAUCGAUCAAUAAGUGAGAUCAUUCAAAGUUCGAUCUAUCGAAAAUAGUCUAGCAAUAGUUUACAUUUACGUACGCACUAAAUUGAGUACUGUUUCGAGAAAUAUACUUUUUUUUAAAGAAGAAAAAU